AUGACCAAUAACACGCAAAAUCAAAACCACAUACCACCCACCUACAAUGCACAAGACAAACUGGCACCCUUAGAAACAAUAGUACAAUGGAAUAUAAAUAGCUAUUAUAAAAAACUACCUGACAUUCACCGUAUAAUUGCUAACCUCCAUCUUCUGGCGCUUUGCAUCCAGGAAACAAACCUUAAAAACCAACACAAAAAACCAAAACUCAAAAAUUAUCAUGGAUAUUUCAAGAACCAAGAUCCCCUAGGAAGAGCUAGUGGGGGAGUCGGCAUCUUUGUAUCAUCAUCAACAGAGCAUGAACAGAUUCCUCUCACUACUCCACUCGAAGCCAUCGCCAUAUUCAUCAAAACAAAUUACAUUACUAAAUUAUCCAUUUGCAACGUAUAUGCACUAGACAGCACAGGGCUUACACUUUCGGAUCUCAAAAAUCUUAUCUCACAACUCUCACACCCAUUAAUGGUGAUUUCAACUUUUAGAAAUAUUAUCUGGGGAUCCUAUUACACAGACAGACGAGGGAGAACAGUCGAGAAACUCUUAUAA